UGUGUCUCCGGGAUGCUGAGCGGGCGGGGCCGUUUUUCCUUGCAGUGCCAGGCUAUGGAGUGAUGUGGCAAGACGCACUGGACCGAGCGGACACGAAGGGAAACAUUGGAAAGGCCAGUUGGGUGUUUUCUUAUUAGACUAAAAAACAGUGGUAGCUUAUUUCAAGAAGCACAAUGGGUUCACUUAACAAGCCAAUCUAACGUCAAGGGCUCUGGAACCAUCUUUGCAGCGGACAUCUUGUUUCUUUUCUGUCAGGAUUCUCAGAGUGUAAAGAAACAUUUUCUUUCAUACCGGAGUCGAGGGAAAUUGUGUUGUAGUGGACCUCGCCGAACCUCACUAUGGCGUGGCCCUGUAUCAGCAGGGCGUGCUGCAUGGCCCGCUUCUGGAACCAGCUGGACAAGGCUGACAUUGCGGUGCCUUUGGUCUUCACCAAGUACACGGAUGUCUCCGAGAUGCAGCACAUUCAGCUGCAGCCGCCCCUGCACCCUUCCCAGGCCCGGGUCGCCAUAGAAACGCAGCCGUCUCGUGCCGAAAGCCGCACCAACACAGCGCGCGCACCUCGAAGAUGCGUCUCCGAGGAGCGCGUGUGCAGCUCGGUAAUGCGCGAGGACUUUAAGCACUGGAAAGUGCGACCCGAACCGAGCUGUAAACCCAAGAACCAGUACCACGAACCGGAUACACCGUUUAACAGCGAGACCCAGUACCAGAAGGAUUUCAAGCCUUGGCCCAUCCCAAAACGGUACAACCAUCCCUGGAUACCUAAACCCGAUGACCGGGUACCGGACCGGUCCAGGCAUGCGAAACAGCACGUGGCCUUGGCAGAUAGAGACAACGGCAUAGAGAAGAGUGCUAUCGCCGACAAGGUGCAGGAGAAGGACCUAUUUCAGGAUCGGGAGCGAAAAAAGCGUCCCAGUAAGCAGGAAGGCGAGAAGAAAAUUGUCCUGAAGGUGGACGGAGAGGGGAGAGGGCGGGCGGCCACGGACGCCGUGAACCGGCAGAUCAAGCACGAGAUUUCAACCGGCAGCUCAUACAAAACGGAAUUCAAGGCGUACAGAGAUGUGAAACCAGCGAAGAUGAUACGGGCCAAGUCCCAGUAUCUGCCCCCAGAUGAGAAGACCAGCCUGGAGACCAGCUACAGCGCCACCUUCAAGGGGCAGGCCCCGCUGCAGUCUGCUGAGAACAAGGCCCUGGAGAGGAGGAGGAUACGCAGUUUGUACAGUGAACCUUACAUAGACUCCGCCAAGCAGGUUGACAGGUAUAGUGUCCCUCGCUCUAAACCCAAAAAGUCUGGAGCCACAGCAGCAGGACAGGGCAACAAGCCGGCAAGGAAAUCCAAAGAUAAGCAGAGCGCCGCGCUGAGAGGCUCCAAGAAGGCAACCUCGGAGAACCAGAGCGAGAACCGGCCCGCAGUGGGGGACAAGGAGAAAAGGUUGUGCUAAAACAGUACCACUACAUACAACUCUGCCAGCCAAUCCGAGAUAUUGGCUGGGUGCAGACCCUAAAGCAACACCUGUGGGGCUGUGCGCUACCGAAUCCCAGGUAAUCUGUCAGCGACCGGGAUAAAUAGACCACGAGCCACAACUGCCACUCAUUCUCAUUCAUACUGUACACACUCAUGGAGUUGUGUUUUAAUUUUUGUUUUCUAUUGCAGUGGCACGGUUUUGUUUUUCUGGUGAACCACCACAUUAUUUCUGGUCCACCCCUCAGGACAUAGCCUCUGUAGUUCUCUUCCAUAUGGACACUAGAGUGUGGGGGUGAAUGGGGCCGUCUGACUGCCUGCUGUCACAUCCACACUACAUGUAAGGCUCCUUAAGGUGGCUGUUCUUAAGGAAGCCCCAGGUCCAAUCCAGUCAUCCCUAAAACCAUGAACCUCAGUAGUUCACUCACUCUUCAUGAAUAAAAACAAAAUGCAUGAUGGUCGAGGGACUUGAGGACAUUACUUGUGUCAGCGGGUGAUGAUCAACGAGCCAUUUUUUGAAGCAUGAUGCCACCCUUUUCUGUUGGAUUUGUGAUCUGAUGUCAUGUUUGAAAUUUCGGUCCUGCAUCUGCAGUAGAUUACCUGUUAAGUUUUAGCAUGAAGUCAUGUGGGGUAAGGAUGAAUGCAAUAAGGAAAGCGGCUUGGGAAAGACAGUCCAAUGGAGCUUGUAAGUGCACGUUAAUGAUCUUGGUUUAUUAGAUUCUCAUCCCGAUGUGAUUUGGUGACGAUGUUUGUGCUGCAUCACCCUGAGACCAUCACUGUGUCUGAGAUGCCGCUGUUGUCACUAUGAUAAAAUAAAGUAUAGAUUUAAAUCAGUGAGUAAUCCAACAACAAAUUGUAAAGUAGUAUAUAUUUAACAAUUAGCACGUCUAAUAGCAAGCAAACAGGAAAAUAAGUGAGUUUAAGCCUAAAAACAAUGCUUUCAGGGUCACAGGGUGCUCAGCUCAGCCCAGCCCUGUGACUUACUAUACUGAUGUCUGUCUGAAACAAGUGCCUCAUAAUGUGUUCUCCUUCUGUCUCCUCCCUCCUCUCCACUGUCUUAACCAUGUGCUGCCUCCUAGAGAUGCUAAGGACGAGGUUCUCCGACCCAGUCAUCAUCAUUCCCAGGGUGCUGCUGGAGGAGAACCACAGUCGCCACUGGAGAGAGCCGAGCCUCGGCGGAGCGGCGGAGUCGUACGCUUUGCCCUAGACGUGAACCAGACCG